UCAUUUGCCACCAAUUAUUUGUUGAGAAAGAUUAUCCUCAUCUCUCACUCAAUCAUCAAAACAUCUUCAAGAGCUUCUUUGGUUGUAGUAUUUUUCUAUCUAUUUAUUUCCUUAUCAAAUUUGAUAUUUGGAGCAGCCCCCUCUUCAAUCUCCUCCUGAGAUCUGUGGCUCAAUUCAAAGGAAGUGCCCAUGGCGGAGGCUGUGGUAAGCUCAUUACUCCUAAAUAUCGGUGCGACCUUAGCUAGUGAAGCAACUAAAGCAGCAACAUCACGAUUACUAACACGGAUAUCAGCAAUGAGAGACCUUGUGGAGGAUAUAAGUGACAUUAAGGGUGAGCUUGAGAGCAUGCUAUCCUUCCUACGGAUUGCAGAAAGAUUAAAAGAGAAGGAUGAGAGCACAAAAACCAUCAUAAAACAAACAAGAGACUUGGCUUUUGACAUUGAGGAUAUUAUAGAUGGGUUCACAUACAAGCUCGGUGAAGAGCAAGGAGGGGUCCUGCCUAAAACAAUCAAGAGGUGCAGAAAUAUAACAACUUGGCGUCGCCUUAGCAAGAGGCUUAACAAAAUCAAAGUUAAGCUUCGAAACAUUAAGGAAAGAAGGGAGCGAUAUGAUACGAAAGGAAUGGAAAAUGAAGCAAGACCUCUAAUAGCUGUUGGUGGUAGCGAAAGCCAUGCAGAAUUAGCGCAUUUUGUCGAGGAGGAUGAUAUCGUGGGUAUUGACGAGUACAGGGACUUGUUGCUCAGAUGGUUAAAAGAUGAGGAUGAGCAGCAACGACAGCACAUGACAAUCUCCGUAUUAGGGAUGGGUGGUCUAGGGAAGACCACUCUCGUGACUCAUGUGUACAAUAUCAUCAAAGCUUCCUUUGAUGCUUGUGCCUGGGUUGCUGUAUCUCAAAGUUAUGAGACUCGUGAUUUGCUUAGACAUAUCUUAAAAGAGUUCUGUAGGGAAGAUCGUGGGAAAAGAGAAGUGCGUAACAACAUUGAUACCAUGGAUUACAGAAGCUUGGUUGAGGAAAUCCGCACUUACUUGCAGUGUAAAAACUAUAUACUCAUUCUGGAUGAUGUUUGGAGUACUGAUGUAAUGGAUAAUAUAAAGAAUGCACUUCUGAAUAGUAAUAGCAAGAGUAGAAUAGUUCUCACAACAAGGAUUCGCGAUGUAGCACUACUAGCUGACGAGCACCGUUUGUUUGAGCUAAAGACGCUAGAGGCAAAUCCUUCGUGGGAUUUGUUUUGUAAAAAUGCAUUUUGGAAAAGUGCAAAAAAGAUUUGCCCUCCACCUUUAGAACAAUGUGCUAAAAAAAUUGUCGAGAAGUGCGGUGGCUUGCCCCUUGCUAUCGUAUCUAUAGCCCGUCUCUUAUCAUUUCGAAAACAAACCGGUUCUGAAUGGGAGAAGAUUUAUAAAGAUCUUGAGUGGUAUCUAACUAACAACGAAUCGAAGCUCCAUGGAAAAGUACAUGACAUUUUGAAACUUAGUUUGGACGAUCUUCCCCAUUAUCUUCGAAAUUGCUUCUUAUAUUGUUCUAGUUUUCCGGAAGACUAUACAAUUGACAGUGUCUGGCUCAUAAGGCUUUGGGUGGCUGAAGGGUUCAUUGAAGAAAGAGGAAUAACGAUGGAGGAAAUGGCCGAGGACUACCUUAACGAACUUGUUCAUCGCUGUCUACUACAAGUGGUUAAGAGGAACGAAGUCGGUAGAGUUUGUGCAUGUCGAAUGCAUGACAUCAUUCGAGUCCUCGCUCUUUCGGAGUCAAAGGAGUUAAGCUUCUGCAUGGUUUACGAGCAUUCACCGAUAAUAUUGCAGGGAUCCAAAGCACGCCGCUUGUCAGUCAUAAGAAAUAUAACAAAUUAUCGUACUGAAGACGAAUCUCAUUUGCGUUCAGUACUUAUUUUCAAAGAUUCCAUGAGCUAUGAUUUGCUGAAGUCGGUCUUAAGAUCAUCAAAAUUUUUACGUGUCUUGGAACUACAAGGAGCGCUAAUCGAGAAACUACCGAGUGAGAUCUGUAACCUCUUCAACCUGCAUUAUCUAUGCUUGCAAGAAACAAAAAUUAAGGAGCUUCCAAGAUCAAUCGGGAAGCUACGAAAUCUGCAAAUAUUAGAUAUAGUUUCAAAUAAAAUAAAAAAGCUACCAAAGGGAAUAACAGAGCUUCAAAAGUUGAGACAUCUAAAUUUGCCCUACAAUUUGGAUAAGAACAUCAACGCAAUCGCAGGAAUAUGGCGCUUGAAGGGCUUGCAGACUUUAGAAUAUAUUAAAGCAACUACGGAGAUUGUGCGGAAUGUAGAAGCUUUGACAGAGUUGCGGUCAUUUUCAAUAAAGGGCGUAAGAACCCAUCACUGUGCAGACUUGUGGAAUAGUAUCACAAAGAUGAACCAUCUUAACUAUUUAGAGGUCAGAAGUGUACGUGGGCAAGAAUUACAGCAGUUGGGCACCCUGCGCCUACCUUCGCCAAUUAAAGAAUUAUGGUUGUGCGGUGAAUUGGACAAAACCUCACUCCCUGAGCUUGCCACGUCCUUUGGGUCUCUAACAAACCUAACCAGAUUAUCACUUUUUUAUGCAAAAUUGGAUGAAGAUACGUUUCCUUACCUGCAAGCACUGCCCGCGUUGAUGCUUCUCAACCUUUUUUCGGCAUAUGACGGCAUGAAGUUGCACUUCCAAGCAACAUCAUUCCCGAAGCUAAAGGAAUUGUACAUAACAGAUGCCUCGAAGCUUAGUCAGGUGGAAAUAGAAAGAGGGGCAAUGCCAAACCUGAAUAAGCUAGAACUAUACUGUUGCCCCGAGCUAAAGGAGCUGCCCCGCGGUAUCGAGUACCUUACCACCCUUCAGGAUUUAUUCAUUAGCUAUCCAGCAGAGGAACUUGUUGAACUGCUUCUAGGAGGAGGAGGAGGAGAAGGCGACCACAGCAAUGACUGGCGCACGAGGGUUCGCCACAUCCCGAAUUUUACUAUUUCAUUCAAACGAGACCGCAAGGUUGUCGAAGAAAGGAUUCAAUGAUUCCAUAUCAUGUAGGUGAGUUUGUGCACUUUUUGCAACGCACCGACCGAGCUUGAUGCUUUCAUAUUUUCCGCCUCAGAUCUUCUAAACAAUCUGUGCUCGAGGAAAAUUGAAAAUGAUGAUCGAUAUAUGCAGAUGUUAUCUUAUAUGUGUAUUUUAUUUUAUUUUAUUUGUAAUGUAUGUGUAUGUAAAAGUGGAUGCAUCAAAUUAGUUGGUGCAUGUCUUCAGCUGCUCGUAUUAUGUAUUUGGAGAAUGCUUUGUACCCUUAAAACUUUAUUUAUUGGUUAAAAUAAAAAAAACCUUCCGUUAUAAAUAUUCA